AACAUACACACUCACAUACACACUCGACACAUACAUACCUUAAACACUACACUCACUCACUCAAAUGGAAUAUGAUUACUAAUUUUCGUUGAGCGUUUCUUUAUUAUUUCUGACAUGUUGUACAUUUUCCGCUUUGUUAUCUAAAUAUAUAUAUAAAUAUAUGUACAUCACACAUUCGUAAAACAACAGCAUUCCGAAAUACAAACGAUCGAGGAAAGUGACGAAGAGACCAAGGACUCGUACAUUUCUAAAUUGAUGGACACGGUGGAAUCGUACGAGGACGCGCUGAAAGAGAAUCGAAACGAAAUUGGAAUACUGACCACCAAAUUGGAGAGGAAGGAGGAUACUAUAAAAGAGCUGGAGGUAACUGCAAGCGAUAAUGGUAAGAAGCUGGAAGAACUUUUUGGUGCUUUGGAUGAGAAGAGGAUUCGAGUCUUGGAAUUGGAGGAAGCUUUGAGGGAGAGCAUGGAGAUUGCAGAGCAGAGAGACAUGGAUAUAGCUGAGGAGGAUAGGAAGAGACAGCGCGUCGUCGAGAAGGUUGCAAAAUUGGAGCAGCGUUUGGUUUCGAUACAAACGGCACAGGCGUUACGAUGCCAUUCCUGCAGACCAACGCUUCUCAAGAUGCAUUCUCUUCAAUCGCGUUUCGGUCAAUUGGUGAAGGAGCGGAAGCACCAGCUGCACGAGUUAGCCGACAUGAAGAGGGAAGCGCUCGAGGCCGCAAUCAGCGAGAAGGAUGCGCAUCUGGCUUUGCUGGAGAUGUCGGGAAUUCGAAGUGCCAAAAGGGCGGAAGAGGUGGAUCAGCUGAAAACUGAUAGACGGAGACUUGUUGAGCGGCUGCAACUCGAGAAUGAGCUUAGCGUGUCAUUGACGGAAGAUCCUGACGACGAGGAAUUCUACCUGGCCGAUUUCGAAAUGGACGAAGAGACGGAGGAGACGUGUUGAGCUUUUUGUUUUGUUUCGACGGAUCCUGUUGAAUUUCGGUAUAUUCAUCGUUUAGCAAUAAAGCAAUGUGUUUAUAAAGGAAUACGAGAGAGAGGAACAAAUAAGAAAGAAA